AUGGACAUCUUUUCAAGAAAUGAGACUAUUGCUGGCAACAAGCCGGACUUCAAGCUGUUCAGAUAUACUCCAUCAUUGCCUGCAGCCAUCAUCGCAGCCAUCAUUUUCGCGAUCCUAUCCUGCCUCCAUAUUUGGCGCCUCAAAAAAGCCCGUGCCUGGUAUUUCAUUCCAUUUGCAGUAGGCGGUGCUUUUGAAACCAUCGGUUACGCUACCCGAGUCGUAUCCCACAGCAAUAAGGAGUCUAUACCUGCCUUCAGCCUCCAAGCCAUACUUAUCCUCGUCGCUCCCGCCCUCUUCGCCGCUUCGAUCUACAUGAUACUCGGCCGGAUCAUCAUCUCCCUUGGAGCCCAACAUCUUUCAUUGAUUCCUGUUCGAUGGCUGACAAAGGCUUUUGUCUGUGGCGAUAUCUUAUCCUUCUCACUACAAGCAGCUGGAGGCGGGAUUCAAUCGUCCCGCACUAUUGAGGGAUAUAAGCGGGGUGAAAAGAUCAUCCUCGCUGGUUUGUUUGUUCAGAUCGUGGUGUUCGGUUUCUUCGUUAUCACCUCGGGGUUGUUCCACAGAAAAUGCCUCAAAAGCCCAACACUGGCUGCUCGAGAGAAUGCCUUCCCAUGGAAGCUUGACCUAAAGGUCUUGUAUACUGUCAGCAUUAUUAUCUUAGUUCGAAGCAUCUUUCGUGUUAUCGAAUAUCUUCAGGGCAACGCCGGGUUUUUGAUUUCUCACGAGAUCUUUCUUUAUAUUUUUGAUUCAGUUUUGAUGGCGAUUGUCAUGGUUGUUUUCCUCAUCUGGUAUGUUGACCACCUUCAAUACAAGGAAACUAGCCAAUACAUUCUCGAACGUUGUGUUGGUGAUGAGACAAACUCAUCUUGA